AUGCUCAGAGCCACGAUGCUGGGGAGAGGCCCUCACAAGCCCUUGGCCAUCCUCAGGCACAUCCAGCGUUCCUGUGCAGAGAAACGCAGCAGCUGUGCCCGGCACCCCCUCUGGUCUGGCCCAGUCUCCUCAGAGGGAGGCACCCGGCAGUCUCCCAUCAACAUCCAGUGGAGAGACAGUGUGUAUGACCCACAGUUGGCACCACUCAAGGUCUCCUAUGAUGCUACAACCUGCAGGUACCUCUGGAACACCGGCUACUUCUUCCAGGUGGAGUUUGAUGAUACCUAUCAGGAGUCAGGGAUCAGCGGUGGGCCACUGGAAAACCACUACAGGCUGAAGCAGUUUCACUUCCACUGGGGAGCAGCGAAUGCGUGGGGCUCGGAACACAUGGUGGAUGGUCACGCAUACCCGGCUGAGCUCCAUUUGGUUCACUGGAAUUCCAUGAAAUAUGAAAAUUACAAGGAAGCCACCGUGGGGGAGAAUGGGCUGGCAGUGAUCGGAGUGUUUCUGAAGCUCGGGGCCCGGCAUGAGGCUUUGCAGAGGCUGGUGGAUGUCUUGCCAGAAGUGAAACACAAGGGUACACGGGUGGACAUGGGCCCUUUUGACCCUUCUUGUCUGCUGCCUGCUUGCCGGGAUUACUGGACCUACCCUGGCUCCCUCACCACCCCACCACUGGCUGAAUCAGUCACCUGGAUUAUCCAGAAGAUGCCCAUUGAGGUGGCCCCAAGCCAGCUGUCAGCGUUCCGCACACUCUUGUUCUCUGGACACGGUGAGGAAGAAGAGGCAAUGGUAAACAACUACCGCCCGCUCCAGCCCCUCAUGGACCGGAAAGUCCGAUCCUCAUUCCAGGCCACUAGGGUGGGCACGAGGCCCUAA